CACUGUUAGUUAGCUAUUAACACAACAGAAUCAGAGGGGAUCGCUGUUUCUGUCCACGCCAUCUAUACUUCACAUCUUGUAGAAAACUCACCUCUGGCAGGUUUAACUCUGUUUGACGGACAUCAUGCCUCGCCUCAUCCUGUGUCUGUGUGUCUGCAUCACACUGUGGUCUGCAGCUGUCAUCAGUCUGUCAGUGUUCUCGGACGCUCCGCAGGCCCACAUGCUGCUCCGAUCCCGCCGGGCGAACAGCUUCCUGGAGGAGCUAAAACCUGCCAACAAGGAGCGCGAAUGUGUGGAGGAAAAGUGUGACUUCGAAGAGGCCAGAGAGAUUUUCCAGACCAGGGAAGCUACACUGGAGUUCUGGACCGUGUACACAGAUGGGAACCAGUGUCAGUCCAACAUGUGUGCUCAUGGCGAGUGUGUGGACAUGUACCAGGACUACGCCUGCCGCUGUUACCCUGGAUACGAGGGCAAAUUCUGUGAAUACAAUCAAACAGCCACCAAUUGCUCGGUGGACAACGGCAGCUGUGACCACGACUGUACGGACAGCGCGAACGGCAAGUCGAGGCGCUGCAGCUGUUUGAACGGAUACAAUCUGGAGAACGACAGCAGGAGAUGUGUCCCGAAAGGUUCUUCUACUUGUGGUCAGCUGCUGAUCAACCGGUCAACGUACAGCAAGCCCAUAGACGGGCUGCUGCCCUGGACGAUCGGAGGAGAGGUGGGCAAGAAGGGGGAGAGUCCCUGGCAGGUGCUGCUACUGAACGCCAGAGGAGCUUUUCACUGCGGAGGUGUCCUCAUCAGCGAGAGCUGGGUCCUGACGGCCGCUCACUGCCUCAAAAACUACCACAAGUUCCGAGUUCGACUUGGUGACUACGAGCGUAAGAGACACGAAGACACAGAGGUGACGCUGAAUGUCAUUAAGACCUUUACACAUCCCAACUAUGACACCCAGACGGAGGACAACGACAUUGCCCUGCUGCGCCUAGAGACGCCCGCCCCCUUCUCUAAAUACAUAAUCCCCAUCUGCCUGCCGGGGCGAGAAAUGGCGGAGCGAGUGCUCCACCUCAACGGCACCGUCACCGUGGUGAGCGGUUGGGGCAAAAACGACAGCGGUAAGUACAGCUCCGCCCUCAAUGUCAUCAAAAUCCCGCUGGUCAGCCACAGCAUCUGCACCCAGCAGAUGCUGCCCCAUGUCGUCUCCGACAACGUCCUCUGUGCCGGGAUUCUGGGUCAUAACACGGACGCCUGUGAAGGCGACAGCGGCGGGCCAAUGGUCACUCUGUACAGGAACACCUGGUUCCUGGUUGGCCUGGUGUCAUGGGGCGAGGGCUGUGGCUUGGAGGACAAGCUGGGCAUCUACACCAAGGUUUCCAACUACAAUGAUUGGAUCAGCCAGGUGCAGGAGGAGUGGGACAAAGGCCCCCAACCACAAUGAUGCCAGAACACUGGAGCCCCCCAGAGCCGGUCCAGUCUGCUUGUUUGAACCCACAGAAACACCUCAGUGUGUCAGACAUUGCACAUUUUGUUUAAUAAACUGAUUUUCUCCCAA